CACGGGAAGGCAUCAUUCCGGAGAGAGCGUGCGCACAGUCGUCUCACUGUCGUCCACGACGUCUCAGUUUCCCUUAUUUUGCAAGCGGAACACAUUCGAACAUGUUUGUGUUGUUUAGUUGUUGUUCGCGGGGGUUUUCUUUAUGCGCCGGACGGCGUGAGACUUGACAGAUGGACCGGACGGACAGGAUGGCCGGGAGCGGCGCAGACUCGCUCCGGGCGUCCGCCUUCAUCCCGGUGUGCACCGCCGCCUGCCUCCUGGUGGGUUCCACUUCGCUCUUCUUCGUCUUCACAUGCCCAUGGUUGGCAGUGACCAUCUGCCCUGCCGUGCCUCCAUGCUGCGCCGCCCUUUUCCUUUUCGUGCUGGCCAACUUCACCAUGGCUACGUUUACGGAUGCUGGCGUUCUCCCCAUGGCUGAUGAAGACGAGGACAAGGAUGACGAGUUAAGGGCGCCCCUCUACAAGAAUGUGGACGUGAGGGGCAUCCAAGUGCGGAUGAAGUGGUGCGCCUCCUGUCACUUCUACAGGCCGCCGCGAUGUUCACACUGCAGCGUGUGCGAUCGCUGCGUAGAGGAUUUUGACCACCACUGCCCAUGGGUGAACAACUGCAUCGGGAGGCGCAACUACCGCUACUUCUUCCUCUUCCUGCUGUCCCUCACCGGUCACAUGGUUUGCGUCUUAAGCUUCGGCCUGGUCUUUGUGCUCCACCACUCGGACCAGCUUUGGAAGCUGCACUGCACAGUCACUUUGGUCGUGAUCAGCAUAUCGGGCCUGUUUCUCUUCCCUGUUCUUGGCCUGACGGGCUUCCACCUCUUCCUGGUGUCCAGAGGACGCACUACCAAUGAACAAGUCACCGGGAAGUUUCAAGGGGGAGUAAACCCCUUCACACGUGGGUGCUGUAACAAUCUGGAAUACCUGGUGUGCAGUCCAAUCUCCCCAAGGUACUCAGCCAGACAUUGCAACAAGUCUGUGAUCCACAUUCAGCCUCCCUUCCUCAGACCCGAGCUUGACAGGCAUCUGUCAGUCAAAGUGAGAGACAACGGCAAACACAAUAGAGUUUCUGGCACACCGCAGAAGCAAAAAACUCCGCCACCUUUGCCGCCCAAACCGGAACACGGGCUGCUGAAAAGUCACCUGGCUGCAAUAGAAGAGAUGGGCCAUCACACUAAACCUAUCAUCCCGGUCUCCAUUCCCACCGUGCCUCAGCUGCGACCAGUUCUGGAGGCCAUUUCCCGAGGAUCGUCACCUCUUCCUCCAGAGCAGCUUCUGAAGACCUCAGAGCCACCAGGGGACAGCAAAGGUCCGGACCUGCGGUUGGAGACCAAUGGAAGCCCCCUGAGGGGAGCGUUGCCUCCCUCCUUGCCCCCCUCGCAGGCUGCCGCCCUCCCAGGGGUCAUGGCGCUCAGCUCGCGCACGCUCAGCCUCAAACACGGCGGAGCCGGCUGCCAUGUGAGUGCCAGCUACAACAGCGGCUCCAGCGACAACCUUAUCACCACCGCCGACCCCCAAUUUCGCCCCCAGAGAGGGGCCUCCGCGGUGGGCUACUUCAUGAGCCUAGGCCCGGACGUCGGCGCAGCGCAACGUGGCUCUCACACCUACAGCCCCAUCUUUGUGGGAGUGGCCCGGCAUUCGCCCCAGCCGCGCGAGUCGUCGCCUUCUUUGCAGGGUUUCUCCUCCCGAGAUCCCUCGCCUUCCUUCGCGGGGUACAUUCAAAGGGAGCCUUCGCCUGCUUUCCAGGGCCUCGUUUCCAGAGAGCUCAGCCCGGCCGGGCUACCAGCGAAGGCCCAAAGUCUUCGAGACGGCCUCCAGGACGUGUGUUUGACCCCUCAGAAGUCUGCCGUGGGGUCCCGCUUCGACAACCUCUCCAAAGCCCUGGUGGCUUCCAUUCAUGAGCGGUGUGAGAUGGAGGAGAGGGAACGGUCACUGCGCCUCCAUACCCGAUCCCAAGCCCUGUACGGGCCGGACUCUUGCGUCUAUGACAUCCCAUGCCGGCGAAGUCUACCGCCCGACACUGGCCGAGCGCAGGGCGUCCGCGGACCCACUCCGCCAGCGUACGGCUCUCGGGAAUUCCUUAUGAGCACGGGUGUCCUGGGGUGCGGCCCCAGGACGUCACAUCUGUCUGGCUCAUCCACGUCAUCGCUAGCCCGAGGCCCCAAAGCGCGCUCCUCCUCGCCUGGCUACUGCCCCUCUGAUAGACUGCCCGUCACUCCUUCCAUGUGCACUUUGCCCCGUUUACCCUCCUCCGCCAUGACGUCCUCCACCCCACCUUACACAUUUUACGGGACGGCCAAACGCUCCAUGCUCACCACCUCCUCCCGAGGGAAGGACUCGUGAGUAGGAACCCAGCCACCUUGGGAAAUGUCAUGUCUGGUGGUACCUUGACAUGCAAGUUUAAUUCAUUGCGUAACCAUGCUCAUUACUUAAAGGGAACCACGGAUAGAAAGAUUUGUGGUUCUUAAAAGAUAAAUGUUAUUAUGAGUUAAAAUAAUUUGAUAUUAAAACCUCUCUUCAUCUUUUUGUUUUAAUACAAUUUGUAAAAUUCAUUUUACCUAGAAGGUCGCCAUUGUUGUUGACAUUGCAGGGCGAUGACGUCACUGGAUCACGCUACCGGGCUUCCAGAGUAUGACUCUAGCGACAUAAACAUGUCAUCUAUUCAGCCCUUUCAAUUUGAACAUGAGAGGAACAUUAAUGAGCAUGACAGCACUGUCGAUAUUUCACAAACGAGCAGCAAAAGCAAAAUGAACAGGAAAGACUGGAUGAGAUGAGACAAGAGUAGGAAAAAAAACCUUGGUGUUCUGCCAAAAUGACCACCAGUGUAGACUGGUGAAACGUGCUACAAGAGACGAAUUUGACACC